AGCCUUGUAAAAGAUUCAUCCUUUCUUGCUCACUCAUCAAUUGCAUUGGCUUCCUUUGUGGAUUGGUUUUCAUUCAUUUUUAGAUAGUUUUAACACUUGUCUUCAUCAUUUUCAUCUGAGAAAGUUUCCGAGUUUUGUUCUUGCUGGAAUGGUGGUUGUGGUAAAUGAGUGCCCACCAUUGGGACUUUGCAGUUCUGAAUAGAUAACUUCUCUCUCUCUCUCCCUCACUCACUCACCCAUUGACAAUAUCACAUGCGCAUGCAGACAGCUCUUGACCCACCCACAUCUUCAUCCCACAUGGACUGUGAUCCAUCUUGACCCACAAACACCCUUCUCUUCUCUCUUUAGAAGCCUUCACUUUUCUUUUUGCCAAACUCUUCAACUCUCUCACAAGAUUGGUUAGCAUGAACUAACAAACCUUCCAAUCUGUUUUAGCUGUCUUCCCAUUUGUUGUAUUGGGAAAACAUCUCUUCUUGGAUCUGCAGAGAUGAUUCUUCUACAUGUUUGCAUUGGUUUCAGUUUCUUUUUAGGAAAAUUCUGAAGGUAAAAAUGUUUCUGUUAUCUCUGGGCGGUGUUGUUCUCUGCAUGUUGUUGUAGUGGGUCCCCUCCAGUUUCUCUGGCCCUUCUCUGGUUUUUGCACAAGGCAUUGAAUUCUCUGAAACCCAAUAAGGUUUUUUUUCCCUCACUGAUUGGAUUUGAUUUGGUUUGGAUUGGAUUUCUGGGUAUUUUCCUUUCCCAGUUUAGUAGUUAUCUUUUAUUGUUGUUAAGUGGAGAGAUUGGAGGAAAGAACCCAAAGAGGAAAUUGUGUGGAAGUUGUGAUCUGUGAUUGAAAGGACAAAUCUUUAUCAUCUCUGAGCUGUAGCUGUAGGAGAAAUGAGCACUUAGAAGUUGAUUUUGUACUUGCUGUGUUUGGAGUUACAUGAGUGAGGAAAUUGGUCUGUUCCUUUAUGGUCAGUGAAGCCGAAAAAAGCUGCAACUAAGCUAUUUGGCUUUGCAUUUUUUUCAAGUCUUUCAGGAGAGAGGAAAAAAAUAGAGGAUAAUUAAGUUACAUUUUUCUUGUACUUGAUCUGGUUAUUGGUAUCAGCUUGUGUAUAAAUAGGUGAAUGAGGCGUCUGAAUUUUACAGCUUCUCAUUUUGGUAUUUCUAGAGAAUGGAUAAGAUCAUUUCCGAUUGCCUGAAAUCACUGAAAUUGAUUUCAGAGGGUGUAGAGUUGUGGCAGUGAAAGAUCUUGUCUUGUAUUCGAACUUUGGGGAAUCUGAAUUGCUUGAAGAAAAUUGGGUAGAUGUUUACAAAGUGGGAAGUGUAACUGAUUUGUAAAGAAGAGGUGGAGAUGGCAGCAAAACUUCUGCAUUCUUUAGCUGAUGACAACCCAGAUUUGCAGAAGCAAAUUGGAUGCAUGAAUGGGAUUUUCCAAAUUUUCGAACGACACCAAGUCCUCACUGGUAGGCGGAUUGGCCACCAUAAGAGUCUUCCUCCAGGGAACUCUCACUUCAGCAAUGGUGACUUGGAAAGAGAGUCCAACAAUACAUACCAUCGGCAAGCAGACAUAAGUUCAAACAGAAAUAUGAAUGAGAAACAAAGACUCUCAACAGAGUCAUCACGGGCCUCUUUCUCGUCAACUUGUUCUUCUUCCGUAUCAUCUUUGGAGUGCAACAGGACAGCACAACCAGGAACCUCCUCCUUUGACAAAAUCAUUUUCCCUGAAACUCCCCCAAGGGAUUCAGUGACUAACCACUUAAGCACCUCCCCUAGAAUUGGAAGGCAGUCCCUUGAUCUCCGGGAUGUGGUAAAGGACUCGAUGCACAGGGAAGCUAGGGGACUAUCGCAAAGUACACUCAAAGAUGACUUUGCAGGUAAUGCUGUGAAGCGCAGAGACUCUCCAAGACCCUUCCAGCUCUCUAAGCCAAUAGAUGGAUCCAAUGGAGUAAGAACCAAUGAGAAGCAAAUUAUGUCUGCAGAUCUCAGGGAGUCUCUUAGAGUUCUUGCUCAGCUUCGAGAAGCGCCUUGGCAAUAUAAUGAAGAUAGAGAUCAUCCAAGAUCCUCAUAUGAAUCCAAAGAUAAUUUUUGGAAUACAGUUGCAAAAGAUGCUCCACCAUUUUCCUAUGAUGGGAGAGAGAUGAAUCGUUUAUCGUUUGAGUCAAGAGAUACCUUUCGAUCUACUCCAAAGCCAAAAGAGUUGGCAAGACUUUCACUGGAUAGCAGAGAUGGUUCAAUGCGUAGUUCCCACUCCGACUCAAGAUCAAAUCAUCUUUCAAAAAGUUUUCAGAAUAGUGGCAGCUCCAAUGGCAGUAUUCCUAGUCUACCUCAGUCAUCAGUAACGCAGAAUCCUAGUGUUGUAGCAAAGUUGAUGGGUUUGGAAGCAUUGCCAGAUUCUGGAAGUAACUCAAGUCUGAACAAAACCAGCCCAGUUGUGGAAAGUGAUCCUUUCUUAAAACCACUGAAGACAAGCAAUCCAUACAAGCCUAUUUGCAUUUCUAACUCCCCGAGAAACUCUCCAAAAGAACCAACCUCACCAAGGUGGAAGAUUCCAGAUCUGGUUAUGAGACCUGUUUCAAGUUCAAGGUUUCCAAUGGAACCAGCACCUUGGAAAAGACAGGAUGGAAAUCAAGGUUCUCAGAAACUUUCAUCCAAACCUGUAAAAGCUCAAGUAAGGACCCAAAAUUCCUUCCCUUCUGUUUAUAGUGAGAUAGAGAAGAGAUUAGAUGAUCUUGAAUUCAAACAAUCUGGAAAGGAUCUUAGAGCUCUUAAACAGAUAUUGGGAGCAAUGCAAGUAAAAGGGCUCUUAGAGACCCAAAAAGAAGAGCAAGCUUCAAAUUUUGGAACUCAAAAGGACUGUGAACCAAAAUGUUCUAGUUCCAAUCCAAACCCAAGGUCUGUCAAUCAAAGGAAUGGAAACAAUCAUGUCAUGUCUUCCAGAAUUAAUAGCUCUGAUGCCUCAAGGAAUUUUGAUUCCCCGAUUGUGAUCAUGAAACCUGCAAAGCUUGUCGAAAACUCUGGUCUUCCUGCUUCAUCAAUAAUUUCAAUGCAUGGCCUCUCCAAUGUCCAUACUGCUCCUAGAGGAGGAACGGUGGACAACAAGAAGGUUUCAACUAACAGCCGAACAGCUAAAGAUCAUUCUCCUAAGAACAGUAGGAAGGACUCUUCUGUUGGCUCAGCUGACAAAAAGCCAAGUGGCAGGAAUGCAAAAUCAACGCAAUCUCUGCCAAAGGAAAACAGUGCAGCAAAUUCAGCAAAGAGCUCUGGAUCUGUGAGCCCAAGACUACAGCAGAAGAAGCUUGAGUUGGGGAAGCCAUCUCGUCCGCCUACCCCGCCAUCUGAUACCAGAAAACCAAGAAGGCAUUCCAGCAGGCAAUCAACAGAAUCCACUUCACCUGGUAGAAAACUCAGACCAAAAUCUUUCAAUUUGCAGCAAAGUGAUGACCAGUCGAGUGAGAUAAGUAAUGAAUCGAGAAGAUUGAGUUUCCAAGGAGAUGACAUAGAUAUGGAAGAGUCUAGCAGUGUACGAGUUACUGAUACAAAUGAUAGUCAAAGUCCAUCUUUGAAGGCUUCCAAGUAUUUAUCUUCUCCUUUGAUGCAACAGUUAACUGCAAGGUUGGAAGAAGAUGGGUCUGCUGUUGAACUCGCUACAGUUGCUCCAGAACAUCCUAGUCCUGUUUCUGUACUAGAUGCCUCAGUAUAUAGAGAUGAUGCUCUAUCUCCGGUAAAGCAGUUGCCGGAUGCCCUUAAAGGUGAUGAUGCUGAUAUCAGAGUAUGUGGAGAUCAAUGGAACCCUGCAGAUAAUCUUGCCAGCAUCGGGUCUGGUCUUACUUCAGAGAUCAGUCGAAAGAAACUGCAAAACAUUGAGAACUUGGUUCAGAAGCUUAGGCGUUUGAACUCUAGUCAUGAUGAAGCAAGAACAGACUAUAUCGCAUCACUAUGCGAAAAUUCAAAUCCAGACCACAGAUACAUUUCUGAAAUAUUGUUAGCUUCAGGUCUGUUACUUAGAGACCUGGGGUCUAGCCUGACGACAUUUCAGCUCCACCCCUCAGGUCACCCCAUCAACCCUGAGUUGUUCUUUGUGUUGGAGCAAACCAAGGCUAGCAGUAUGCUUGCAAAAGAAGAAUGUUUCCCUGAAAAGGCAACUCAUGCAAAGCAAGAGAAGCUUCACCGGAAACUCAUUUUUGAUGCUGUCAAUGAAAUUCUUGUUGAUAAGUUGGGUUUGGUUGGCAUCCCUCUUGAGCCGUGGCUGAAGCCUGCAAGACUGGCAAAGAAAACUCUCAACGCACAAAAGCUUCUGAAGGAACUUUUUUUUGAGAUAGAACAAUUUCAAGCCAAGAAACUCGAGUGCAACUUGGAGGAUGAGGAUGAUGGUUUGAAGAGCAUAUUGUGUGAAGAUGUGAUGCACAGGUCAGAAAGUUGGACAGUGUUCCAUACCGAAAUUUCUGGGGCAGUAUUAGACAUUGAGCGGUUGAUCUUUAAGGAUUUGAUCGACGACAUAGUUAUUGGUGAAGCGGCUAGCUUGCGUGCCAAGCCAGCAGCCAGGCGUCGAAAGCUGUUUGCUAAGUAAUGAUCUAUUCUGUUCAUCCUUUUUUCUUUUUAUGGUGAUUUAAUUAUUUUUUUGUGACAAACAUCACAAUAAAUCUAUGUGUAAGAUCUAUACUCCUGUAAUUCAUGCUGGGUUGUAAAGGAGGUUUAACUUGCCAAAGUUGUCAAGAUACGUACUUUGGAAAAUUAAUAUAUCAGACCC